AUGUAGUGUUUUGUUGGAAAAUGACAGUCUGUAAAUGCUUCACAGAUCAGAGCUACAGACUGAUUUCCUCCAGGAUUCAUUACAGCAGAGCUACAGACCGAUGGGAUGCAGACCACAAUGUAUUAAUGCAGAAAUAUACGCAAAAUCACCCUUAAUCAAGUAUUCAGCCUGGAUGUGGACAUACUGUUCCGAGGACUUGAAUUUCUUUUGAAAAUAUCCGUUUUUUUGUUGCUAGCUAAAUAAUAAAAAUGCCUUGCUGCCAUCUGAGGCAGUUUAAGUUUUGAGUUUAUUUUCCUCUGAGCCACAAUCAUUCAAAUACAUUCUUGAAACAUUAAUUCCAUAUGUAACAAAUCUAUAUAUUUGAUUUGACUUUCUGAAAUGAAUGACUAAUAAUAUUUUCGUCAGUAUACUGCUAUGAAUGUAUUUUUCAUGAGUGAAUUUUGCAUCUCCUCUCCCCAGGCCACCGGGCUCUCUCUCCGUGUGGCCGUCUGCAGCUCGUGCUCUCCGUUAUCAAAAUGAGCACGUGACCGGACUGAACCCUUUGUCGGCCCCUUGUGGCCCGCGAGCCUCCGGUCUGUUGUUUUCGCAUCCUUUUUGUCCCUGGUCGCUCGCCGUCGCAGUGUGAGUGGAAAAUGGCGGCCGCAGAGUGCCAGUCGCGCUUCGGCCAGUCCGUCAAAGGACUCCUGUCCGACAAGGUGGGCUCGUGCAGCGGGGACGUGAUGGCGCUCACCCGCCAGGUGCUGAAGGGCUCGCGCAGCCAGGAGGGUGAAUGUUUUUGGAGCGAGUCUCCGGAGUCCUGGUCCAGAUGCGGAGCAGAACCAGAACCCGCAGCACGGUUCUGCCGUCUCUAUAGUCAGGUUAGAGGCAGGUUCAUCCCGACCCAGCAGAGCGAGGAAGGUUCACCUGGACAGCUCCUGGGUCAGGCAGCGAGGAACAUGGUGCUUCAGGAGGACGCCAUCCUGCACUCAGAGGACAGUCUCCGGAAAAUGUCCAUCAUCACCACACACCUGCAGUACCAACAGGAAGCCAUCCAGAAGAAUGUGGAGCACUCCAGGAACCUGCAGGACCAGCUGAAACACCUGCUGAAGUGAGGAGGACGCCUCGGCUCGCACUCUGGUCUGCUGGACGGACGUCCGGUCGAGAAAGAAGUUCUCUGAUCUGUUUUGAGAUCUAUUAAAUGACUUUAUGGAA